GGUUUAACAGCGGUUGGCAUCCAACAAAUGUUGCCCCAGAAAGACUUCCAACUUGACAACAAACUUCAUUCUCUAGCCGUCGCGUAUCGAUGACAUCACGCCAUUCGGCCAUAUUUUCACCAGUGAAUCCUUUUAAACACAUUUUAUCUACGGUUCUCUUUUACAUUUACAUUUUUAUUAAAUGUCAAAUGACCGAAACAGAUGUGUUCAUGUUUUGUGCAAAAAACAUUAACACACACAACUCUGACUGGAUCCAUCGUCCAUGGGUACACGCCUUUGUUUUUCUGGCCAAUGAGAGUCGAAUGCGCUGUGAUUAACACCUUGUUUUCCACGACCCAGGCCAGGACAGAUUUUCAUGCAAGGAAUUUUAUUUUUUUGUCUCGACAGGUGAGUUGAGUCUCCGUUUACGUUUGAGUUCUGGUUGAAUUUGGUGACCUCCAACGAUCACUUUAUCAACACCAAAACCAAACCAAAAACCUUGAUUUAUGUAUCAAUAAAGCAGGGAGAGAAGAGGCACAGGAUUGCAGAAUAUUAAAAGGAGGAUAACUCCACUUAAUCUCCAUGGAUCUCUCCACUUCAUCCUCUGUUUCUGACACUGUCUGUGUGCUCUGGGGUAUGUACUGAGGUUAAUGCCACUUUGAGAUGGUUUGAUAUUGGUGACCUAGAUGCAUGGCAAUGUAUUAUAAACCCAGGGUUUCCUCUCUCCUCUGACUAGGCUGUGAGCUGAGUGACACCCAGAGAAAGGCAGUGUUUGAAAUAGAGGAGGAGGAUUUGUUGGAGCAUCAGUUCUUUAUUCGGACGGUCAGUCUGUUCAAGUCUUUAGUCCGUCUCCAGCCCUCUCCACACACCCCAUUAGCAGAGAUCACUUUGACUUAGUCUGUGAAACAAAAAUAAACAUAGUCCAAUGACAGCCCAACCCAUAAUCUCUGCUCCCCUUGUGUAUAGAUGUGUCUGAGUGCAGAGGCCAGCAAGGAGAUGCAUGUAGUGGAGGUACAGGACAGAGUUGGGGAAUACUCCAAGCCAGUGCCCAUUGCCUCUCUUCACCCUAUGUGCCAACCUAUGGUCAGUUUCAGUGGGUUUGAGCUCAUGCCACCUGUCACCUUCAACCUUCGCUCUGGGCAGGGCCCCCUCUUCAUUUCUGGACAGCAUGUGACAUGUAAGUAACUGAGAUAUGAGAAAAUUAUGUUAUUGUUGAGAGAAUGUCAUGAAAACAAACAUUCAGUAGAAACUAUUUGUAUGUCAAUUCUGGGACUCUGUUAUUUUAUUUGGCUUUAAGUUCAAUUCAAAUGAUACCUGGUAUUUGUGUGCUGUCAUAGUGGUCUUUGAGGAGGAGGAGGAGGAGGAAGAGGUCUUCUCAUCAACACACCCACUUGGUAAGUAAACAAAUCUAGAACUUCUAAGCUUCAUAAAAGGAUUACCUAUUUUGAUCCCUUAUGACAUUGUACAGUUCAGUAUGAAAUAGUUAUUGUGUUUUUAUUUCAGAUCACGUUGGGCUUCAGUAA